UUGGAGACAGAAUAAGGGAUUUAAGGUACAGGAAGAUGUCAUGUCAAUGAAUUAUCUCUCCAAAUGAAAAUUCAACGAUUUAAUUCUCCAUUGAACGAACCAUAUUAUUGAAUUUAAAAUGAGGGAUAACAGAAACUCAAGGGCCCUCCCUUAAAAUCGAGAUGUAUCUUUCAAUCGAGCCUUCCUGGAGGUGUCAUGAAAUGCCAAUGAUCAUCGUAUAAAGUUCCCAUUGACAUAACCACCGAAAAUAUAAAUUUGAUAUUAAAGAUUGGAGGUUAUGUCACGACUUAUUGGGAAUGAUAAAAGGCUUUGUCCCUAGCAAGGAGAGCCCUGUCCACCUGGCUGACCCUCUCCACAUCAGUUGGAUAACAAUGAGAUGUACAGUACCAGUGGAAUUUCUCCUCUGGCGACGUGAUAAGAUCCCAGUCAUUGGAAGACAACUUCUCCAGAUGAUAUUCGACCAAAAUCUCCACCAACAUCCGAUAUUCUUUCACAUAUUCAGCAAUGGAGGUGCCAUUUUGUACCAGCAGAUAAGUCUCGUCAUGCAGGAGAUGAAAAAUCACAUCAACGUGAAGGGCGUCAUAUUCGACAGUUCCCCAGGUGAACGAAGGGUCUCCUCACUCUUCAGGGCAGCCAGUGCAAUAGUUGGUGGUCGUCCAGUGACAAAUCUCCCGAUGUCCCUCUUCAUAACGAUAUUUUUAUCAGUUUUUUGGGUGUACGAGAUCAUCACUCGUUCAUGGAGUCCAGGCACCAGAGCAUCAACAAAUCCCUUUGAACUCACUGAGGAACCACAUUCCUGGCCCCAACUCUUUCUCUACUCAAAUGCUGAUACGUUAAUACCUGCAAUAGACGUUGAAAAAUUUGGAAGUCGUCGAGCUGAACGUGGGGUACCUGUUCAGCUGGUGCUAUUCACUGAUGCACCACAUGUCAAACUCUACGCAGUUUACCCAGAUGUCUACAUCAACAUCGUCUGCACGUUCAUCAACGAAUGUAUCACGAACAUCAGGAAUCAGACGAUUUUUGAUGAUUCGAUUGACGACGACGAGGACGAAAUACAGUUGAAGGUCCAGGGGACAAUUUCCGGGGUCAGGAGGAGGGUGAUCCUGCCCCAGGAGGCGAUCUCCAACGUUUCGUUGGACAAAUAAACAAUUGAAAGUUGAUUUUCAGAAUUUUUGACUUACUUUUCGAUGAAAAAUCAGAAAAUUCUUUUGUUUCUGGAGAUUUUGAGGGUGAAAUGUUAUGAUUAUUGUCACAAGCUGGUCUUGGAUGAUGAGUACGAGGGUUGGAGUUGAUGAGGAACGUGACAGAGGAAUUUUUAUGACAAAAGUUCAUUGACAAAGUUGAUUUUUCCUUCGGUGCAGGAGAUUGACACCAAACAUAACCUCAAAAUCAGAAAAAAUCGACGUAAAAAGGGAUUAAAGUGGAUUAAUACGCCCUAAAUUGGUCUGCUGUCAGCACAGGAUCGAAUAUCAAUCACUGGUGAAGUACUAUGAUCAUGUCUAAUGACUAAUUAUCACUUAAUUAAUUGAAUAAAGACUGAUUAUGCUUGAAAAAAUCAAUUUUA